AUGCCUGGACUGUGCAACAAAUGUCAGACUGUGGAACUACAUUAUCGAAGCGAGUAUCGGAGAGACGAGAAACCAGUGAUCAUCAAACAAUAUGGUAGCCUUGCGGAACUCAAGACCCCAGCUGGAUCAAACUGUAGCUUUUGUAGUUUGUUGCUCAGGAGUUGUCGUUCAGAUUACGCUACGCGGAUUCCAGUUUUUGUGAAGGGAGGUGUAGACCCAGAGGAUCUUACCAAGAUCAUUUGUAGAUACAAUCAGGGAGUGUCGAAUAUUGAGGUUCAAUACUCGUUUCGGAAAGCAUUGCAGACGACGCACUUUCGUCUGGGUGGGUUGUAUACACAUGGAGACUCCUCCAUUGCACAGUAUAUACCUGGAAGACCAAUCUCCGAAGAACCAGGCUCAGAAGAAGAUUUUCAACUCUACGAAGACUGGACUCAAGAGUGUGAAGAGAACCAUCCACGAUGUCAAAAAGCUGAAACCCUUCUACCGACGCGAGUAAUCGACGUUGGAUCUCCAGAUGGGUCACAAAAAGUUCAUCUAUUCGUUCCAGAAAAGGGCUUCAAAGGUCGAUAUCUCACCCUCCUUCUCACACCUACCAAGACAACCCCAACCCACGUUCUCACAGCCUCAAAACUCUCCCAAUCUCAAAAGUCCAUCUCCCUCUCCACCCUCCCCCUCACCCUCCAAGACGCCAUAACCACCACCCGCCGCCUCGGCCACCGCUACAUCUACAUCCCCAGCCUCUGCAUAAUCCAAGACUCUCCCAGCGACCGGGCAGCCGAGAUGCGAAAACUAGGCGAUGUUUACGCAAACUCGUGCCUUACGAUUUCCGUUGGCGAGGAUGACGGAUUCUUAGGCUCCCGAACACUAGGAGAGGAUGCACCACUGCUGUUUUACGGGAUUAAUGGGUCGAAAGGUCGAGUAUAUAUACGUUCUGAGAUCCCUGGUGAGGGGGACGAAGAUGCGAUGACACCAGAACACUAUCUCUCCCCGCGAAUCCUCUCCUUUGGCAAAUCACAAACAACAUUUUUCUGUCCCAGCGCCAGCUACCAAGAAUCCCUCGCCCAUCCUCAACCACCACCAUCCCACCAUUCUAACCCAGAAACACUCCACUCAAACUGGACACAGAUGAUAAGCGACUUCACAGCCCACCCAGACGCCCAAGAACGACUUCCUCUACUCAACGGCCUGGCGGAGAGGGUGGAGGUGGAUGAUAGCUACCACUUCGGCCAUUGGAGAUCUCAAUUGCCUGGUUCAUUGCUGUGGAAUACGGUCGACAGUACAUCUCCCGCUUCAACCUCAACUUCGAUCCCAAGUUGGAGCUGGCCCUCCACCCCCGGAGAAAUCCAUUUCGAACCCCCCUCCAGCAAAAAUUACUGCACACUCCAUUCCCUCACCCCCUCGGGUACUAUAUCACUACAAACCCAUCUCGCGCCUCUAACGCUCCUCUCUCCCAAGACCAAAAAAUCCAAUUCCGUGAGUUGGGCGUGUGAAGGACAGAUUAUGAUUGAAGGAACGAGUGUGAUGAUGGGGAAGGGCACGGUACGGUUUGAUAGCUCUUGGAACGGGCAGCCGGUGAUGGGCUUGGUGGUUACGGGUGUUAGUGGGUUGGUGGUGCAGAGAACGGGGGAAAAGGAUGGGUGGAGGAGGGUUGGACGGUAUAGAGUUUCGAAGACGGGGGAAGGGGGUGAGGGGGUGAGGAGGGAUAGGGUUGUUUUGUUGGUUUAA